AUGCCGGAAUUCAUUUAUGUUGUAUCCUUACUCUGGUUUAUUGUGACAGAUUCACGGGUUAUGUACUCGGAACCCGCUAAGUUUGUGGCAAAGUUGAGGGAUACAAAGACUGACGAUAAUGUACUGCUGUUCAAUUGUGAACUUGGAGCAGGACACUGCUCAAAGUCAGGAAGAUCCAUCAGUCCUGGGGGUGCACAUCGGCAUAGCUGGGACAAUCAGUAUGCUGAUCGUGCCGAAAUGGUAAAGCAGGUUUGA